CACCCAGCUCUACUCAUCCGUCCGUCCACAGCCAUGAACUUCCUGAGACGCCGCCUCUCUGACAGCACCUUCAUAUCCAACCUGCCAAACGGGUACCUGCCAGAGCCCCCCCCCGGGGCGCCCCCCACGCCCCCCUCCUCUGGCUUCUUCUCCUCCAUCUCCUCCCUCACCAGCGCCGUCAAACACACCGUCGCCUCCGCAUCUGCCAGCCUGACCGAGCCGGCCGAGGCAGCAGAGAAACCCCCGGCCUCAUCAGAGGAACCGGUGAAUACAUCAGAGGAACCGGUGGAUACAUCGGAGGAACCGGUGAAUACAUCAGAGGAACCGGUGGAUACAUCAGAGGAACCCUUGGUUAUAUCGGAGAAACCGGUGGAUAUAUCAGAGAAACCUGUGGUUACAUCAGAGAGAGCAGUGGGUACAUUGGAGAAACCAGUGGAUACAUCACAGAAAGCAGUGGUUAUAUCGGAAAAGGCGGUGGGUACAUUCGCAGGGAAGAAGGCCCCCAUGAUGCAGCCCAGGAAGGUGAGAGUCGUGCUGGUCAUCGAUGAGCCGCAGCAGGACUGGGCCAAAGUGUUCAGAGGUAAAAAGCAAGGAGACUAUGACAUCAGAGUGGAACAGGCGAGGUUCUCUGAGAUCACCAUAGUGUCACACACCACGGGCCGGGUGGACUUGCAGGUGCUCCGGAAUGGGACCAAAGUGACCAGAUCCUUCAAGCCUGACCUUGUUUUAGUACGACAACACGCCUUCAGUAUGACAAAAAAUGAAGAUUUUCGUAACCUGAUAAUCGGUCUGCAGUACGCCGGCCUCCCAAGUAUCAACACUCUCAAGUCCAUCUACAACCUCUGUGACCGACCCUGGGCGUUUGCCCAGCUGAUAAAUGUCCAGAGGAGCCUGGGCCCAGAGACCUUUCCACUGAUUGAACAAACAUUCUACCCCAAUUACAGAGAGAUGGUGACCUCACCCAGGCUCCCGGUGGUGCUGAAGAUUGGACAGGCGUACUCUGGGAAAGGGAAGGUGAAGGUGAAGACUCACACUGAUUUCCAGGACAUGGCCAGUGUCGUCGCCCUCACACACACCUACACCACCACAGAGCCCUUCAUCGACUCAAAGUAUGACAUCAGAGUCCAGAAGAUUGGCACUGACUACAAAGCUUAUAUGAGAACCUCCAUCUCUGGGAACUGGAAGACUAAUAGUGGCUCUGCUAUGCUGCAGCAAGUAGCCAUGAGAGAUCAGUACAAAGACUGGGUGGACACCUGCUCUGAGAUCUUUGGCGGGCUUGAGAUAUGUGCAGUGAAAGCCAUUCAUGGAAAGGACGGCAGAGACUAUAUCACAGAGGUAUUAGGAUCAUCAAUGCCCUUGAUUGGAGAUAGCCAGGAAGAGGACAGGCAGCUCAUCGCAGAUCUAGUCCUGUCCAAACUGAACCAGCGUGCAGCAAGGGCCCCAGCACGCCCUGCUGUGAGACCAGCGACUGCCCAACCACAAGAGGCUAGCCCCCCGAAAGAGCUUCACAAUGAGACUCCAGCUCAGCAUCCAUCACCUCAAGGUCAAACUCAACAAAAACUACCUGACCCCACCCCCAUCACAGCCCCAGUCACAUCCAAGGACCCCAGCCUUAUUCUGGACCCAACCCCCAUCCCUGUACUGGAUCCCAUCAUUAUUAUGGACAAAACCCCCAUCCCAGUACAGGACCCUGGCCUUAUUCUGGAUCAAACCCCCAUCCCAGUACAGGACCCCAGCCCUAUUCUGGAUCAAACCCCCAUCCCAGUACAGGACCCCAGCCUUAUUCUGGAUCAAACCCCCAUCCCAGUACAGGACCCCGGCCUUAUUCUGGAUCAAACCCCCAUCCCAGUACAGGACCCCAGCCCUAUUCUGGAUCAAACCCCCAUCCCAGUACAGGACCCCAGCCUUAUUCUGGAUCAAACCCCCAUCCCCGUCGAAGACUCCAGCCUUAUUCUGGAUCAAACCCCCAUCCCCGUAGAAGACUCCAGCCUUAUUCUGGACCCAACCCCUAUCCCAGUACAGGACUCCAGCCUUAUUCUGGAUCCUACCCCCAUCCCAGUACAGGACCCCAGCCUUAUUCUGGACCAAACCCCCUUCCCUGUAGAGGAACCAAGCAUUAUUCUGGACUCUGUCCCUGUCCCUAUCCAGGAUCAUACCCCUAUUCUAGACACCACCCCCUCUCCAGUCCCCAUCCCUAUCCCUGACCAGGAAUCCAGCCAAGUUCUGGACCCCACCUUGGUCUUCACUCCUACCCCUGCUGAAGACCCAACUCCUAUUCUGGCCCCAACCCCAUUUCCCACUCCAGCUCCAGGCCCCCUCCCCAUCCUUACUCCUACCCCUUCUGAGGACCCAACUCCUAUUCUUGCCCCGACUGCUGUUCCUUCUCCCGCCACCAACCCUGUCCCAACCACUCAGCAGCCCCAGCCUCGAGGCCAGGCAUUACCAGCACCAGGAAAACCAGAGGAGCAACUCCCAAAAGCCUUCCUUCCAAAACCACUACCUCCCAAACCCAUUCCCCCUGUGCGGCGGAAUUCCAAACCUCAACUUCAGCCAAAGCCCCAGCUCUCGCCUAAAGCCCAGCCCAAGCCCCAGAUUCAGCCCCAGAUUCAGCCCCAGAUUCAGCCCCAGAUUAAGCCCCAGAUUAAGCCCCAGAUUAAGCCCCAGGAUCCAUGCCCAUCUCAGGCAGAGGGUCAGUCUGAACCCCAGGCCCAACCCCAGAUCCAACCAAAACCUCCAGUCCAGGCUAAGCCCCAAAUGUAUCCCAAACCCCCAACCUCACCUAAACCCCAGAUCCAACCAAAACCCAAGGCUCAGGCCCCACCUGAGACUCAGUGCCAGGACCAAUAUGAAACCCUACCCCAGGCUGGGCCUAAGCCACAGACCCAGCCUAAACCCCAGACCCAGGGCCAACCCAAGCCUCAAGCCCAGCCAAAACCCCAACCCCAAGAUGGUUUUAAACCUAAAACCCAGACCCAGGCUCAGCCUAAGCCACUGGUUCAGACUGAGCCAGAGAUAGAAUCCCAGGCCCAGCCUAAACCACCGGCCCAGCCUAAACCCCAGGCCCCGUCUAAUUCUCAGGCCCAGCCUAAACUCCAGGCCCAGUCAAAUCCUCAGGCCCAGCUUAAUCCUCAGGCCCAGCCUAAACCCCAGCCCCAGCCUAAUCCUCAAGCCCAGCCUAAACCCCAGGCCCAGCCUAUUCCUCAGGCCCAGCCUAAACUCAAGGCUCAGCCUAAAACUCAGUCCCAGGACCAGGCUGAGCCUCCUACUGGGCAGCAGACAGCAGAGACGCCAGCCCAUCCACAGCUGAAUAAAUCACAGUCCUUGACCAAUGCCUUCAACUUUGGGGACAUGUCCUUCUUCCGCACCAGCAGUGAAGAUGCUGCCAAGGCUGACACAAUCCGAAACCUGCGCAAGUCUUUUGCAAGCCUCUUCUCUGACUAGCGUCCGGUGGGCAGAACCCAACCUGGUGAAAGAUGUGUUUAAAUGAAGUGUGUCCUGGUCCUAAAUUGAUUCUGUAUCCAUCCUCAUUGCCUGCUUUGGCCCAUUACUGUGUGUCAGUUAGACAUAGUGACUGUGCUGUUAUUGUUCUGAUAUUCCACCAAACUCUGGCAACUCUGAGAGAAAAGGUCAGAGAGCAGACAGUGAAAUAUUUAGCAGGUGAAGCUGUCAUAAAUUCCUGAGUGGUGUCACCCUUAGAUGUUGUAGCCUGAUUGUGACAGUGUGUUUAACCUCAGGCAAAGUGCUGUGAUUGGUGAUCAGUAACCCAUGUUUAAUCUCAUGCUGUAUGGAGAGAUCAAAUCAGGUAACUUUCAUUUCAUGAUACACUGGAGUUGGUUUUGAUACUAUAAUGUCAGACCAGAUAAAUGAAAUGCAGUGUCCACAGAGUGCCGGAUGUGACCGGGUCAACAGUGCGAUGGCCUGCUGAACCCCACCCUGUGGCUACACUGCUGAACCCCACACUGUGGUAAUAAGUGGAGUCUGGCUGUCGCCAUAUUCCAACUUAUCCCUGAGAACAGAAAUCUCUUCACUGUUGGAAUAUACAAUCUUGACAUGUUGUGUAGUGUCGAGUUUAUUUUGUAGAGUAAUUUUUGUGGUUCUGUUUUAUAUGUUUAUAAGUGUACAUUGUACAUGGUGAUUAAUUUGUAUGCAACACUGCUUUGCAUGAUCUAGUGAUUACUGUUUAUUGUACAGUCAAUAAAUAUGUAAUGCAUCAUCA